AUGAGUGAAACUAUCAAUGAUGACGACGUUCAUAGCGAGGAGAAUGUUUCAAACAAAGAUUCCCAACGCUCAAAAAAGUCUCCAGAAUCUCUAGUAGAGUCUGGAAUCGCUUCAGAAGCCACUAAAGACUUGGAAGAUGAGGCCGUCGAGGAUUCUGAAGAAGAAGAAAUCAAGGAUGUCCAUCACUAUGUGUUCUUCAUUUUCGCAAUGUUCGGAUUUGGCUCGCUUCUCCCCUGGAACAUGUUCCUCAAUAUUUCAUUUGAUUACUACACAAUGUUCAAGCUUCGGGAAGACAGUGGAAACGCCACUUGGUUCUCCUCCAACUUUCAGAACUCCAUGACGAUUUCUGCGCAGAUCCCAAGUUUAGCAUUCAGUGUGAUCAAUGUUUUUAUUGCUAUGAAAGGAGACCUAACUCGUCGGAUGAGAUCUUGCUUGAUUGUUGUUCAAUCCAUGGUCGUAGUCACUAUUAUUUUUAUCUACAUUGAAACGAGUAGUUUGAGUGAUGAUGUUCAAAUGCGUGCCAGUCUCUUCUUCGUUCUCUCUUCUAUCGCUGUCAUCACAUGUUACGUUCUUCUGAAAAUUCUGGAAAAAUUCAGUUUUUAUCGAAAGUUCGGUGAAUUGAAGCCGUCAGCGAUGAGUAGAGAAGGAGAGGAGAGAACUAGUUGGUCAAGAAUCGGAGAGGCAUUUUCUAAGAGCAAAAUGCAGUUUGCCAACAUCUUUAUCCUUUUCUUUGUCACUUUGGCACUAUUUCCAAAUGUUUGUAUGUAUGUCAGAGAUGCUCCAAAAGGGAAACCUCAUGAUUUCUUCGUAUCUGAAAAGUAUUUUAUGGAUGUCGUCGUGUUCCUAAACUUCAAUUUAUUUGCCUUUCUGGGAAGUUUGUUGGCCAACUGGGUCAGAUUUCCAGGACCCAACACCAUUUGGAUUCCAGUCGUCGCUCGUUUCUGGUUCAUGUUUUAUUUCCCGGCUGCCAACUACUUGCCAAUGGAUUAUGACCGUAUCUAUUCAGUCCUAUUUAGUUCCACGUGGCUUUUCAUGCUGAACGUUUGCCUGUUUGCCCUUACUAGUGGAUACUUGAGUUCUUUAAUUAUGAUGUAUGCACCAAGAUCGCAUGAGGAUCCCAAGGCUCAACGAAUUGCCGGAAUGAUUGCAUCGUUUUUCUUAAUAUUCGGAAUUGUUGUUGGUCUUGUGUUCUCUUGGCAAAUUCGAUUGUUUAUGACUGGUUAUGCUUAA